AUAUUAUUAAUUUAUUAGAAUAUCAGAUGUCACCAUUACCAGAACCAAACAAUAAUGGAAUUUAAACACCUGAGAGUAGAGAUGUAAUAAUAACUUUGAGUCUUAGGUUUUCAGAUUCAUUUACAAGAACAAAGAAUAUGAUGUAACAGAAUAUGUUCCUAAACACCCUGCAGGAAAAAGCUUCUUUGAUAAAAUGAAGGAUGAGAAAUAGGACAUCACAGAAUAUUUUAGGUAUAUUUAUAUAUCCAUAUGCUAGAUGUUUGCAUUCAAAGAAGGCAUUGAAAAUAUUGAAAUCUUAAAAAGUCGUACGCACUGAUCUCAAGGAAUCAGAGGAUAGCAAACGAUAUUCUCACAUCAAGAAGCAGGUCAAAGAUCUCUUUAACCCAGAUUGGACAAUCGAAAUCGGUCUCUUAUUAGCGUUGAGCCUCGGAUUAUAUCUAGGCGUCACAACUGAUUGGUACAUCGCCAUUCCAACCAUCGCAUUGACUUAGAUAGUGGCUGGGUAUUUAAUAUAUAUAUAUUAUAACAUUUAGAUGGUAAGGCCAUUCAACAAAUCACAAUCGAAAUCCAUUAUUGUAUAAGUUGUCGAUUCCCUAUGGUAUUAUUCACGGAUUCUCAGCAGAUUGGUGGUAAUUCAAACACAACAACCAUCACAUCUUCACAAAUCGAAUUGGCAAGGAUGAUGACAUAGAUCACACCUAUCAAAAGUGGUAAUACGGAUUCCUCUAUUUGAAGUAACUAUUUAUUUAAAUUUUAACAGAUGGAAAUUCGAUUCAGUCGUUGCAUCCUAUAACAAAAUUGACAUCCUCUAUGUGUUACUACAUCAGAUAAUUGUAUUCUAGUAGAAAAUUUGGAUCUAUUUGGUUGCCCAAUAUAUUGCAGGAUUCUUCAGUGCAUGCAUUCUAAUUGGUAACCACGAAAGAGAAUAUAAAUUCUACAAAAAAAUCGACAAACCAUUCAUUGAACAUUAAAUCAUCACCUCCAGAAAUUAUGAUUGGACAGGUAUUUUAAUUAAGUCUAUAUAGAUUGGUUAUCCAAUUUAUUGAUGGGAGGAAUGUAAUUCUAAACAGAACAUCAUCUAUUCCCUCAAAUCCCAUUCUAUAGAUUGCCCUAUGCAGCCAAAAUUAUUAACAGAGAAUUAAACAAAUUUGGGUACAAAAUCCAUGUAGGAAAGAUCUUGUGAUAUAUUUUCAUUAACAUAA